AUGUCGAACCGGGGCCGCACCUGGGACCACCAGGUCCAUUCUACCAAAGACUUACAGCUACUCGGUUCUGCAAAGCUUCCGAAAUCUCAUAGAGAUUAUUACAAUGAAGGAGCCAUGGAUCUCAUCACCCUCCGAGAGAAUGAAUCCGCCUACGAUCGCUACAGAAUCCGCCCGCAGGUUCUUCGUGACUUGACCAAUCUUGAUCCAUCAACCACGGUAUUCGGGAGUAAAGUCAAAUUCCCAUUUGGGUUUUCACCUACCGCGAUGCAGGGUCUGGCACAUCCUGACGGUGAGGUUGCCACAUCCAGAGCGACGGCCUCCGUCAACGUCCCCAUGGGAUUGUCCAAUUACGCGAGCAAGCCGUUGGAGGAAGUCGCCUCUCACGGCACUGGUAACCCAUACAUGAUGCAAAUGAGUCUGCUUAAGGAUAAGAGGGUCAUGAUAAACGUGUUAAAAAGAGCUGAGGCUGCCGGCUUCAAGGCUAUCCUGGUGACUCUCGACUGCCCGUACCUUGGUCGAAGGCUGAAUGAGUUUCGUAACAAUUUUAGCGUCCCAAAGGGAAUGGAAUGGCCGAACCUGUUUCCUGGUGUGGAUGUUACCAACCUGGAAGACGGCAAUGACGACCUCGCAUACGAUAUUUCUUUGGAGUGGAAAGAUAUUAUGCCUUUUUUUCGGAAGCAUACGAAGUUGGAAAUAUGGGGAAAAGGAAUUUAUGGAAAGAAGGAUGCAGAGAACGCCAUCAAUGCUGGAUUUGACGGCGUCAUUAUCUCUAACCAUGGCGGCCGGCAGUUGGACAGUGUCCCCGCCUCUCUCGACGUGCUUCGUGAAGUCGCCCCAAUAACCAAGGGGCGCAUUCCCGUCGCCAUUGACGGGGGGAUUCGUAGAGGAACUGAUAUCUUCAAAGCCCUAGCCCUAGGGGCUGACUUUUGUCUAGCUGGGCGACUGGCUAUCUGGGGGUUAGCUUACGAUGGCCAGAGGGGCGUUGAGCUGGCAUUGAACUUACUGUACGAUGAGUUCGUGACUGCUAUGGCGCUUGCCGGAUGUCGCAACGUUUCGGAAAUCAACAGCGAAUUCCUUUCUCUGCUGACUCCUGAUGGCAUUCUGUCCAAGCUUUAG